CUCGUUCCCCGCCGCUCAAUGGUCUCCAAGACAACACCUGUUUGAGACCAAAACUUGUCUUACCGGCUUGUAUAAACGUCCAGACUGGUUGCCAAAAUCCCAGUUUGGAUAGGAGUGUUUGGUUGGAAACACACGUCCCCACACAUAACAAGUCCGGCAAGAUGGAUACAAUGAGCAAUAUAACAAGCGAGACAACAACGACCCAGCCUAGCACGUCUAAAGGCGCAAUGCAGGCCCAGGAUCAGCUAGAAGUGUCCAUGGACCCUCCCCAGAUCUAUGUGGAGCGGACUUUGGCACUCAUCAAGCCAGAUGCCAUCGACAAGGCUGAGGAGAUAGAAGAUAUUAUCCUGAGAUCUGGGUUCACCAUUCUACAGAAAAGAAAAGUCCACCUAACCCCAGAGCAGGCCAGUGACUUCUACGCGGAACACUACGGGAAGAUGUUCUUCCCCAGUCUGGUGGGGUACAUGAGCAGUGGGCCCAUUGUGGCCAUGGUCCUGGCACGGGACAAGUGUAUAGGCUACUGGAGAGACCUGAUCGGACCCACCAACACGUACAAGGCCAGGGAGACACAUCCCGACAGUCUACGUGCAAUCUACGGAACAGAUGACCAGAGGAACGCUGUGCAUGGUAGUGACAGUUAUUCGUCAUCGGAGAGGGAGGUUCGCUUCAUGUUCCCAGACAGUGUGAUAGAACCUAUCCCAGCAGGCCAGGCAGCGCGGGACUACCUGGCACGGCACGUGAACCCCACCCUCCUCGGGGGACUGACGGAACUCUGCAAACAGAAACCAGAAGACCCUGUGACUUGGCUUGCAGACUGGAUGAUUGAGAACAACCCCAACAAACCCAAGAUAAGGCAGCCGAUCAUCCAAGAACCCGAGUAGCCCGUUUUGCCUUCCUUACUUUAACAUGUUCUAGUUUGGGCACAGGACCAAAACCUAAGAGUUAACUGUUGUAACUUAAACCAUUCUUUCAGCCAACAUUGUCAGGGCUUAUGUUUAUGUUUAUAUUGUCUCUACUGUGAUCUGUAAACUUGGUAAUCUGUUAUUGGACUAAUUUUUAAAGAUACACUUUGUCAUACAUGCACUAUUUGUUUUUCAAAAAUUGCACAUACUUGUAUCACGUUUUACUGUUACUAGCCAUGGAUAUGUAAUGUAUCUGUUUGGAACAAAGUUUUAGGAUUGUUUUUCAAAAACAAAUUUUCCAAAUUAAUGUUCUGUGUUCGUGUAAGUAUGGAUAGUGCCUUGUUAUGUGCACAUCUGUUGAGAGAAAAGGAACCUCUACAUCCUUUUAGAGAUUGAAGUUGAAUAGCACAGUUUUCUUCAUGUGCUACCUCUCUCUACGUUCUAUUUUCAGACAGUGCAUACUGUAAGUGUAGGAUCAAACCUUGUUGCCAGUCUGUCAUAAAUUAAAUGCAAGAGACAAGGAAAAAUUGUCACAAUUUCAAUGCCUCGUUCUAGUGGUGUAUAUAGUACAGAGAAAUAUCUUAAUAAUGUUAUCUUUACUCCAAGAGAUGUAAUAUUUUGACUGUCAAGUUUGUAUUCAGAAUUAUAAACUUGUUUCAAGCUUCUAUGUCCUUCAA